AUUUGAGCUAGAGAAAGAACGUCCUUAAGCCAUCUAAUAGAUGGCUGGGCUAUGAACCUUAUAGGAUUCUGAAGCCCAAGACAGAGCUUCAAGGCAAGUUCCAGUUCCAUUAACGACUAUCUUGGUCACAGAUUUACAGUUCCAGUGUUAGAUCUAUGGAAGGCAGCGGAGGUUAUGUAUGGGCAGUAUCAGCUGGAUUUAACGCUGCCCUAGCUGCAAUUGCUGCCAAAUUUAUAUCUUCUCAGAUUGUGAAAUAUGGGAUGGUUAUAUUCUUCAAUGUGAUAAUGUGGUGUUGUUAUGUAAACAGUUUGAAAGCCCUUUCAUCACUUCAAGCUACCGUGACAAACUUUGCUACUAACUUUCUCUCUUCCGGUCUAGCAGGUUUUUACCUUUUUGAUGAACCGCUAUCUCUUAAGUGGUUUGCAGGUGCUCUAUUCAUUGUACUUGGUGUCUUUGUGUUGAGCAAAUCUAGUGUAGAAAAGAAAGAAAGUGUAGACUAGUUAGUAGUUUGAUGGUGCAUUGGUGCCGAUAUCACAACCUUUUGCUUGUUGUAUGAAAUUCACAUCCUUGACUCCCGGUUUGUAUUAUAUGUAUUUUCUUUUUAUGGUGAGACUGAAGGAUUUCUGUUAACUAUCCCAGACAGACACACAUUAUUACUAGAAGUCUAAGUGAGAAAAGAGAGCAUUCACAAUCAAAGCUUUCCACUCAAAAUGCCGGAAUCGUCACGCAUUGGCUGAUGGCAAUGCAGUUGAUUGUCCAUGGAACUUCAUGUAGAAGUUGAAUGGUUAGGGUUAAUGACUAGUUUAGUUAGUGUCUCCUGGGCCUGGAUUGAGAAAUUGUUUCACAAAAUCGUAGGUGUUGUAAAAUUCUGUUUUCUAUUAAAGCUUUCUUAAGUUUCAUCUGA